AUGUUUAGUUCUUGGCUCGGCAAAGAUGUGAAGAAGAUUCUCAAACGCAAAGACAGUGAUGCUGGUGAAAAAGGAAAAGCACUAGAGGACAUACGAGCAUCGUUGUUCAACAGAUUCCGUUCACCGGAAACUCCAAAGAGACAGCAGCAGCAACAAACACACCGUAUCUGUGGCCCAACUCUUGCUCUCACUUUCAAUUUCUUUGUUGCCAUCACCAUUAUCUUCAUGAACAAAUGGGUGCUUAAAAACAUAGGCUUUGAGUUUCCAGUGUUCCUCACAUUCAUCCACUACAUUGUAGCUUAUCUACUAAUGGCUCUUCUCAAAACCUUUUCGCUUCUUCCCUCUCCACCUCCUUCCUCCAAGUCAUCGUCUCUUUCUCUCUACACUCUCGGCAUUGUAAUGUCACUCUCUACAGGACUCGCUAAUGUCAGCCUCAAGUACAACAGUGUUGGUUUCUACCAGAUGGCGAAGAUCGCUGUUACGCCUUCUAUUGUGUUUGCAGAGUUCUUGUGGUUUAGAAAGAGAGUUUCUUUCAUGAAGGUGGUUGCACUGACAGUUGUGUCUGUGGGAGUUGCGGUUGCGACUGUGACAGAUUUACAGUUUAGUCUGUUUGGUGCUUGUGUGGCUUUAGCAUGGAUCAUACCAAGCGCUACCAACAAAAUCUUGUGGUCCAAUAUGCAACAGCGAGAGAACUGGACCGCCUUAGCGUUGAUGUGGAAGACGACGCCAAUCACUCUGUUGUUUCUUGUAUCGAUGAUUCCGUUCUUGGAUCCGCCGGGCGCUCUGUCGUUCGAUUGGAGCUAUGCAAACACAUCUGCCAUUCUUGUAUCAGCUUUUCUUGGAUUCUUUCUUCAAUGGUCCGGAGCCUUAGCUCUCGGAGCAACUUCUGCGAUUACGCAUGUGGUGCUUGGACAGUUCAAGACCUGUGUCCUCUUACUUGGGAACUAUUACAUUUUCGGAUCGAAUAGUGGUUUGAUUAGCGUUUGCGGUGCGGUUUUGGCGAUUGUGGGGACUUCGUUAUAUACUUACCUUAACACGAGAGGUCAAUCUCUCAAGGCUUCCUCUUCGUCUUCUUCGCUUUCUACUUCGGAUAAGAAGUCAAGAUUUAGUGAUCUUAAGGAUGAUGAUGACAAGAAUCUUCUUGAACCUUACGGCUCCGAAGCUGUUUAG